UUUGUAACCAUUUGAAUCGCGUUCAAUAAUAAACUUUUAUUUUGAAAGUGAAACCGCAAAUUCAACUAUCGUGGCUGAUCUUUAUUGUGGCUAGCUUCACAUAGGUUAGAUUCUUGACGAUAAUAAGGUUCCAGCUCAGUCGCAGUUGAGAUGGACUCGUCUAUGUACCUGUAUGAUGUCCCCCCAGUUUUGAUGGAGAAGUUUUGUAAGAUAAUCGACAGCGGUGAUGACAGCCUCGGAUGGCGCGGGCUCGCGUCGCGUAUCGUGCCAAGUUGGACGGAGGUGCGACGCACCGAGAGGCUGGAGGCAAUAGGCAAGAGCCCCACGCGAGAACUCAUCUGGGCGUGGGCGCAACAGAACAAAACUGUUGGGGACCUUGUGAAGGUGUUGGAGGAUAUGUGUCACUACAGAGCUCUGCAGCUCUUUAGUCCUCAAGAAACACAGUAUUCCUUCCCCAACAGUGGACCAUCAAAGAGCAGCAGGGAUAACCCCUCCCCUCCUCAGUUACCCACGUCACCCCCACCUGCCAGCGAGUCGACCCGACCUGGUUGGAACCAGUCUAAUUAUCACGUGUCAAGUGAAGGUAGAAACCACAGGCUUGUGAUCACCUACUCAGACGUCAUAGAGGGAACUAGACAUUUUCACCAGGACAUGAAGAUCUCCGAGGGAAGCUUCUCUGCUGUCUACAGAGUGGUGAAGGGAAAUGAAACCUUCGCUGUCAAGCUCUUCAAGCAGGUGCAGAAAGCCUCAUGGAGGAAGUUGUGGGAUCUAUUCAGGAGAGAGAUGGAAGUUCAUCAUCUCUACCAGCAUCCUAACAUCUUAGAGCUGUUGGGUUGUUACUCUGAUGGGGAUCGUUACUGGCUGGUAUACCCUUACCUUCCCAACGGAUCUCUGUUCCACAGACUGCAUGACCAGAACGCAGUGCCUCCUCUCUCAUGGCAGGAGCGCCUGGACAUCAUCAAGGGGACGGCUAAGGCUGUACAUCACCUACACAUGGCCCAGCCCUGCACUGUGGUCUGUGGUAACAUCACAAGUUCUAACAUCCUGCUGGACGAGCGGCUGCAGCCCAAGCUGUCUGAUUUUGGGACGGCCCGUCUCAGACCCCACUCCGUCAGUCAGAGCUGCACCGUUACCUUGGAUACGACCUUCGGAACCCUGGGCUACCUGCCGGAGGAAUACAUACGAGACGGAAAGCUGUCCGUCAGUCUGGACGUGUUCAGCUUGGGAGUGGUUAUAAUGGAAAUGAUAACGGGACGGAAAGCUAGAGAGGAGACUCCUAAACACACCCUGCUGAGAAACGUCCUACGUGAAGAGGUGGAGGACACUGGCAGUGUAGACUCCUGUCUUCAGUAUCUGGACCCGAGAGCUGGUCUUUGUCCCCACUCUAUGUCCUUUACCUUGUUGCGUCUAGCCCUGGACUGCACCUCUACACGACCACGCAACAGACCCACCAUGGAGAAUGUGUUACAGGUAUUGAGCCAGCUGCUUCCCCUGCCAUGCCCACCUGAAGACCAGCCCCACACGCUGACCGACGAGGCCCCAGCUCCCCCUGCCUCUCCUGCCCAGAUGGGACAGGGCCCCAGCUCCAACCCCAGCCCCAGUGUGCCUGUGGAGGAUGAUGAGCUGCACAGUUAUCCUGUUGAGAACCCACAGCCAGCUCCAGCUCAGGGAGGGCCCUGUGAGUGUAGCCAGUCAGAGGUCACCUAUCUGGGCAGUGGGGAGCGGAGCAGCCACCUGUCACAGGAGGGGGCUGGGAAAAGAGCAGGGCUAGGGGCUGAUGAGGCUGACCAGAGCCUACAGACCAAUGGAGAGCCAGUGGAUCUUUACGGUAGCUGGCCAGUCCAAUGUAGCUGUUCAGCUGAGGUGAAUGGACUGGGCUGUGAAGACUGUAGAGCCAAUGGGUUUACUCCCUGCCCCUCAGACCUCCCUCAAGGUGACCUCAGCUUCUCUUCCCUCAGUAUAGUGGACAACCCUGCCAAGCAGAGAAUGAUGAAUAAGAUUGAUCUGUACAACAGAGGCCUCCUCAGAACAGAGGAACUCCUCUCUGUCUCCAUGACCACCCAGGAGUGACAAAGCUACAGAGGAACAACUCUCUGUCUCCAUGACCACCCAGGAGUGACAAAGCUACAGAGGAACUCCUCUCUGUCUCCAUGACCACCCAGGAGUGACAAAGCUACAGAUGAACUCCUCUCUGCUUCCAUGACCACCCAGGAGUGACAAAGCUGAUCUAGGAUCUGCUUGCCCUCCCGAAUCCUAAUCUUAAUUAACCAUUAGAGGUUAAAAACACAAAACAGACCCCAGACCAGCAUCUAGGGCAACUUCACUACUCUAAAUGACACAUGCAUACAGUACAUAGCCUGCUGAGAGAGAGGGUUAACUUAUCCAUAUAUCUGACUUAGUCAUUUCUGGUCCUGGUUAAAUGAUCUGGUCCUGGUUAAAUGACCUGGUCCUGGCUCUGGUUAAAUGACCUGGUCCUGGUUAAAUGACCUGGUCCUGGUUAAAUGACCUGGUCCUGGUUAAAUGAUCUGGUCCUGGUUAAAUGACCUGGUCCUGGUUAAUUGACGUGGCCCUGGUUAAAUGACCUGGUCCUGGCCCUGGUUAAAUGACCUGGCCCUGGUUAAAUGACCUGGUCCUGGCCCUGGUUAAAUGAUCUGGCCCUGGUUAAAUGACCUGGCCCUGGUUAAAUGACCUGGUCCUGGCCCUGGUUAAAUGAUCUGGCCCUGGUUAAAUGACCUGGCCCUGGUUAAAUGAUCUGGUCCUGGCCCUGAUUAAAUGACCUGGCCCUGGUUAAAUGACCUGGCCCUGGUUAAAUUACCUGGCCCUGGUUAAAUGACCUGGCCCUGGUUAAAUGACAUGGCUCUGGUUAAAUGAUCUGGCCCUGGUUAAAUGAUCUGGCCCUGGUUAAAUGACCUGGUCCUGGUUAAAUGACCUGGUCCUGGUUAAAUGACCUGGUCCUGGUUAAAUGACCUGGUCCUGGUUAAAUGAUCUGGCCCUGGUUAAAUGACCUGGCUCUGGUUAAAUGACCUGGCCCUGGUUAAAUUACCUGGCCCUGGUUAAAUGACCUGGCCCUGGUUAAAUAACAUGGCUCUGGUUAAAUGAUCUGGCCCUGGUUAAAUGAUCUGGCCCUGGUUAAAUGACCUGGUCCUGGUUAAAUGACCUGGUCCUGGUUAAAUGACCUGGUCCUGGUUAAAUGACCUGGUCCUGGUUAAAUGAUCUGGCCCUGGUUAAAUGACCUGGCUCUGGUUAAAUGACCUGGUCCUGGUUAAAUGACCUGGUCCUGGUUAAAUGACCUGGUCCUGGUUAAAUGAUCUGGCCCUGGUUAAAUGAUCUGGCCCUGGUUAAAUGAUCUGGCCCUGGUUAAAUGACCUGGCUCUGGUUAAAUGACCUGGUCCUGGUUAAAUGACCUGGUCCUGGUUAAAUGAUCUGGCCCUGGUUAAAUGAUCUGGCCCUGGUUAAAUGACCUGGCCCUGGUUAAAUGACCUGGUCCUGGCCCUGGUUAAAUGACCUGGCCCUGGUUAAAUGACCUGGUCCUGGCUCUGGUUAAAUGACCUGGCUCUGGUUAAAUGAUCUGGCCCUGGUUAAAUGAUCUGGCCCUGGUUAAAUGACCUGGCCCUGGCCACUCAGCCACAUGAUACUGUAGAUGGUUUCAAAUCUCCCUUUCUCUAAAUGACUGUACGGAUCUGGGCUGGUUUCCCAAAAAGCAUCGUAGCACUAUGAUCAUCUUUCGUCCAUUUAGUUUCAAUGGAAUUAAAGUUAGUGCUACGAUGCUUUUAGGAAAUCCAGCCCUGGUAUGUGACGAGACGGGAUGUUCAUAUGGUUGAAUGAAAGCAAUCUAUGUCCUUCGUUGUCAGUAAAUUAUGCUAAAAAAUAUAUUCUUGUAGAAAGGUAUUUAUUAUCUGCUGACAGAUUCCAUUUUAUAUUUCUUAUUUAUAAAAUUAGGAUAUGAUUUAUACAGUACUUCUAUAAUAAAAAACAUUUUAUAAAGAUAAUUUAAAAUGAUGGGUUCAUGCAAAAAUGUUAGCGUGUAGAAACAGUGGGAAACUAAACCAAAGCAUGAAGUGCUGUCAUACCUUGUCCAUAGGCCGCUGACAGGGUAAGGAAACCAAUGUGUCAUUUUGUAACUAUCCCUUUACUUAUGUUUUGUAAGAUGACUUUACAUUUUUUCAUGCCUUUUAUUAAUAAAAUAAGAUUGACAAUGUGG